AUGGACGACAAAAUUCUUCUUAUCUCAUACGAAGAAAUAGUAACAUACUACUACUCAUCGAAUUGGUAUCAGAGCAAUUCCGGAAAUUGGAUUUCUAAUCUUGGUUCUCUAAUGGAUUCUUCACUUUCGAAUGUAAGGAUAACCCCUAAGGAAGAGAGAGUGGAGAGUAGUAAAGAGUCUAGGAAAGAAGAUCAUCUUUGUUCUCUUGAGCCCAAACAUAUUGGGAUGAAUGUCAUAGAGGAAGAAAUGCCUAUUGAUACUGUUAAACCGAUUGAGGCAGUCCCUACCAGCUCUCAUUUGGUAGAAGUUUAUAUUCAACAUGCCUCUAUGGGGGAUAAGAUAGGUCUCAGGAAAAAGAGUUCUUAUGUUAGAAAACCUAAAAAUGGGCCUGUUAAUAGAAAAAAGAGGGUUGAGGGCUGGAACGAGCGUAUAACAAGAAUUCUUGAAAUGCCGUGGACAUUCCUGAUUGGUGCUGAGCUCACUAUCGUGCAAAGUCAGCUCUUGAAAACUGAAAUUAAGUGCUAUUACAACUCACCCCAUGAUCAUGAAGUUACUACAUCACCUUCCACGACUCGAGGGUCGGAAAGCUACAAUACGGGUCGAACUCCAGCCCGCCACCGUCGUGCCUCGCCGCCGGGAGCGGCGGCACCACCAGGUUCGAGGGGGCGCCGUCCGCCAGGAAACUCGACGCGCCGAACGCCGGCUGAAAGCCACCCAUCUGAAUCCGAUCCACCAUCCUGUGCGGCUCCGGCCUUAACAUCUGAGCCGGCAUCGGCGGCAUCACCUCGACGGCGCCGGGGAACCUCACGCCGGUCACCUGCUGCACCAUCUGCCUGA